AUGUCAAGUACAAAGGCCCAACAGUCAACAAUGAAGGAAGGAGUAUUCAAGAGCAUUGGUUCCAAGUCAAAGGUUGCAUUCUUUAAGGCAUACAAUACAAUGCAACCAAAGAUGGAGAAUGGUUUGGGUAAGACAAAGAUGAUGGGCGAGAAGGCAAAGGGUAAGCUACAGGAUGGUCUGCACACAUCCAAGAUCAAAGCCGACAAGUUCAUAUGCAAGGCCAGAGGUCAGGCAUUCGUCAGUGAUGGUUACGAGCCAUUGUUGGACAACCAAUACUUAUAG